GGAUCCUUUGCUGAUGAACCACGUUCUAUCUGGGAAAGUAAAUUAGACAAUCUGCGAGGAAUUUUUACCAACUACGCUGGUUUUUAUGUUAUGGUGAGCAUAGCCAAACUUAAUUCGUAGUCAUUUUUAGGCGAAAUCAUUUGUGUGCUGGGGCGUGAUCUAUGUGCUUCUGUUGAGUGACAGCUGCCACUGCAGCGUUUUUACGUUUUGACAGAGUAAUUUUGCAGACGAUACACCGGGCACAGAUUUGUUGAAUCAUACUGGAAAGUUAAAUAUAUCUUGUCUACGUCAUGUCCGCAUGAAACAUAUAGGAGCAGCCUGAUGAAAUAAAAAGCGACAUUUCAGAGAUCUGGAACGUAUUUGUCAUCUGAAAUUGUUGCUACAAUUGUAAAGAUGAGUUUAAUUUUCUUUUGACUGUUUGAUCACCUUCAUUGUAGCAGCUUGAGGAAAAAAAGUUGCUUCUCUUUUGCUAUUGACUUCGCUGAUGCUUGCUGAACUCAGUAGUACCGGCACCUUAGAAAAAGACCGAGUUCUUGACGAAAGAGGUGAGUGAAAGUAGUCUGGAAGUUUUUUCACUUUUUUUUUCCACUCAAGCUAUAAUGCUUUGGAUUAAUAUAUUAAAAAGAAAGAACUAAGAGCUACAUCAUUUUGUAAACGAAUAUAAGAUUUGAAAUUCUUGUCAGCAGCAAAUAUGAUUUGGUAACUAGUGUUCCAGGUUUGGUAGUCUGAUAUGUCUGUGAGUUAUCUAACAAUAUAAACAAAACAUUAUUAAUUGUUCAAGGAAGUGUAAAAGUUUAUUGUAAUUGCAGGAGUGUGAUUUACAGAAUGGAGAAAAGUGGUAUAUGUCUGUUUCUAUUCGUGCUUCAACUGUUUCCUGUAAGAAACGUUGAUGGCCGACAAAUCCCUGACCGUAGACCAGUAACACGCCGGGCAAAAAUUUUGAUUCUCGGAGCAGGUGUUGCAGGAAUUGUUGCAGCAAAAACUCUGAAAGAAAACGGCAUAAAUGACUUCUUGAUCCUUGAAGCUCAGGAUUACAUUGGAGGACGUUUCAAACAGGAGUCGUUCGCAGGAGUAAAACUUGAAGAAGGAGCGAACUGGAUCCAUUAUGCUAGUGAUAAAAAGAAUCCUCUAUGGGAUCUUAAAGAAAAACACAAUCUGAGAGGGAUUUAUACCAACUACAGUGAUGUUAUAAUUAGAGACGAACGAGGGCGAGACAUCACAGACCGUCACUUACUGAAGCAGUUUGCUGAGGCCGAAGAGAAGCUCGAAGAAUUAUCAAGAGAAAGAUCUAACGAUCAGCGACCAGAUAUGUCCGUAAGGGCCGCACUAUCGAGUGUUGGUUGGAGACCUGACACUCCAGCUAAGAGGGUUAUUGAAUACUCCGUCCUGGACUUCGAGUUCGCUGAAAAACCAAAGAUGGAAUCAUUGACGGGCUUUGGAUCUCGCUCAGUCGACUUCUUUGUUGCUGAUCCUCGAGGAUAUGGAAGUAUCUUUCUAAACAUGGCAGAUGAUUUUAAAGACAAAAUCCUUUUGAACAAGGUAGUUAAGUCUGUUUUUUACAACCGCUAUGGUGUUAGAGUUAGUACCGUGGAUGGGGAGACAUACUUUGGAAGCUAUGGACUGUGCACGUUCAGCACAGGUGUGCUGUCAAGUGAUUCCGUCGCCUUCUCACCUAAACUUCCUCAGUGGAAAAUUGAAGCCAUUAACAAGAUUCCAUUGGCGCACUACACGAAAAUUUUCAUUAAGUUUCCCUUUAAGUUCUGGGACAGCCAUGAAUUCAUCUUGUAUGCUCACCGUGUUAGGGGGUACUACCCAAUAUGGAUGGACAUCGAGGCACGUGACAUUUUGCCAGGCUCAGCCAUCCUGCACGUGACUGUCACUGGUGAGAUGAGCCUCAAAGUGGAGAGUCAGCCGGAAUCGGAGACGCUGAAAGAAAUCAUGACAGAGCUGAAGAAGGUUUAUGGCGCCAAUAUCCCAGAGGCUGAAGGUAUAUUCUACAGUAAAUGGUCCCAAAACCCUUUUGUCCGUGGAUCGUAUGCAAACGCCGAGGUUGGAACUACUGCUGCAGACUUUCAUAACUUGGGAGGAAAGUUGGGCAAGCUUUAUUUCGCUGGAGACGCAGUUGAUCCCGAUUGGUGGGGAUUUGCACAAGGCUCCUACUUCUCUGGAGAAAAGAAAGCAAAGGAAAUCCUUCAAUGCAUGAAAAACAACUGCGAAUUAUUUUGGCCUAAAGCGAAUGUUGUUCAGGAAGUGUACACGAAUCCAUGACGCUGCUCUUCAAUUCAAAUGAUGAAUCGACCAUUGUUUUAUCAAAUCUUUGAAUGACUAUUUUAUCAGUGUAUAUUAUAUGAUUGGACACAUUGAAACUGACUGUUUUCUGUUUGCGUGCGAGUUCUGUAGCUUCUUUAUGCGAGAUUCUUGGAACUAAUAGAGGAGCUUGGUGCCAAGUAUUUCGUUUACAUUACAUGUUUUUUUUAUCAACCAUCAUCACUUCUUUGUCAGUUUUGAGAUGAGAUUUAGUCACGAUUUCAAGGUAAAAUGUUUUAACUCGCUGUACUUUUCAUCACUGAAAUAAAAUGGUCAUCUAAAUUCUUAAGUA